GAAAUAAUUCAUAAAUGGCAAUUGCAAUGGCAAAUGGCAAAUGGCAAAUGGCAAUGGCAGUGGCAAUGCCGCUCCCUCAUCAUCAAAAUACACCACACUCACUCUCUCCGCUCCGCAUCCCGGCGUAGCGGCGCUUUUUUUUUUAUUCUCUCGCAAAAUAACUUUUCCCACCAUUACAAAUACACCCAAUUCCUCCUCCCCCUUCUUCUACGCAACAAACAAGCCGGAAAAUGGGUUCCUUGUUGGGAGGUGGUCCGGUGGCGGUCCUCCUGCUCUCCCUCUCAUUUUUUGUGUGUAGCGGUGUCGUCGACGCCUGGAGGCCAUGGCCGUCCCAACUCCACAACAACAGCAGCAGCAAGGGUAAGGGUAAGGGUGAGGGUGGUGGUGGUGGUGGUGGUGGUGGUGAUUUAGAGUUCGGGGGAUCCAAAAAGUAUGAGGGGUCUUCGGAUUUGGUGGAGCUGAGGUACCACAUGGGUCCUGUGAUGACCUCCAACAUCACCGUGCACAUCAUCUGGUAUGGCCGGUGGGAGGCGCCGGAGAAGAGGAUCAUCAGGGGAUUUAUCCGCUCCCUCUCCUCCUCUAACGUCCCCUCCCCCUCCUUGGCCGAGUGGUGGAGCACGGUGCGGCUCUACACGGACCAGACGGGGGCGAACAUCAGCCGGGCCGUGGUCCUCGGUCACGAGAAGAACGACAGGCGGUGCUCCCGCGGCACCUCCCUCACCCGCCUCUCUGUCCAGUCCAUCAUUAAAGGCGCCAUCACUGCCUCGACCAAGCCCCUCCCCAUUGAGCCCCGCGAUGGCCUCUACCUUGUACUCACCGCCCCACAUGUCCGGAUGCAGGACUUUUGUGGCCAGGUGUGUGGCUUCCACUACUUCACCUUCCCUUCGGUGGUCGGCUACACUCUCCCUUACGCCUGGAUCGGGAACUCGGCGAAGCAGUGUCCAGGAGUGUGCGCCUACCCCUUUGCGGUGCCAGCGUACAUGCCCGGGCUCAAACCCCUCGUCCCUCCCAAUGGGAACGUGGGCGUCGAUGGAAUGAUCAGUGUGAUCGCCCACGAGAUGGCCGAGCUCUCCACCAAUCCCCUCGUGAAUGCGUGGUACGCCGGGCAGGACCCAUGCUUCCCCACCGAGAUUGCCGACCUCUGCGAGGGCAUCUACGGCACCGGCGGAGGUGGCUCCUACACGGGCCAGCUCUCGCUGGACCACCGGACUGGAGCCACCUACAACCUCAACGGAGAGAGGAGGAGGUUCCUUGUGCAGUGGGUGUGGAACCCCGUCCUCAACUACUGUUUUGGCCCCAACGCUCUUGACAAAUAGUCUUCUUAAUUACUUCUCUCUCUCUUCACUGCUUGGUUUUCCUUUUCUUCCUUUCUUCAUCCCAAAACUCUCUCUCGCUUCUGUUUGAUCCUCCCUUUGAUUAUAUGAGAUGAUUUUUGCAGUGUAAAGAUCAGAUGGUUUCACAGUCUUAUUAAUAAAAAAUAUAUACAU